UGAAAUGAAAACGUUAACAGUCGAGAAUGACCCGAGAGAACGCUGAACAGUUCCGACGAAGGUUCUGCGAACGUUGCGGCUCGCAGGAGAAUGAACACUGCCUCCUUGUGCAGAAUGACGAGACAGAAACGGCGUGGUGAAUGAUUCGGGAAAUUUCUCUAGUUACAAUUAAAGAACGACCAUUAUGAAAUUUCUGCCGUUUACAGGAGGAAGUGAUCACAAACGAAACCUGGCGAAGGAGAAAAAAAAGAGGUAGGAUAAAAAAAAAUGGCAAGCUAUUUUGAGGAAAUGGGCUGGACGCCGCUUGCAGACGGCGAGACCCCGAAUCAUUACUGGCACCUCAUUCGACUUUUGUGGGACGAGGCGGGAGAAUCGCAGAGGCUGCCGCCGCCGACCUCCCAAGAAGUUAUUGAUAAUUUGCCCGAAGCGACUAUUUUAAAAAAUGAUAUCCAGUGUACGAUUUGCCUCAAGAAGUUUGAAGUUGGUGAGAAAGUCAAAGUGUUGCCUUGCACGCAUGAAUUCCAUGCUCCUUGUAUUCUCCCAUGGCUUGGAAAGACGAGCACCUGCCCUCUCUGCCGAGACUAUUUAAAGACUGAUGAUGAACAGUAUGAAGAAUACAAGAAGGCUAAAAUCAGGGAAAAACAGAGGCAAGAAGAAAUCGAUGCACUGCACAAUUCAAUGUUUUCCUAAGGUGCAAGAUCAAAUUGUGAUUAUAUAAAUUCAGUUCUUUUAGGGUGGUUGUAUGAAAUUUACCAAUUUGAUUAAAAAAAUAAUAUAAAAAAAAGUGGGUUUAGGAUUUAUAUCUUUUUCACUAAUAAUACAAAA